GUGUGUGUGUAUAUAUAAAUAGUCUGGAAUAUGUUGGAUCCUGACAAAGAUUGGAAGAUGUCUUGCUCUGCAUUGUCUCUAACACUAGUCAUCCUCAGUAGUUUGGUCUUUCAAGAUGUUACUACUGUCAAACUUCCACUUACUGGAAACAACAACAUCAACACAGUUACAAGAAGAAUGUUUUUAAAGAGCAAUGAAGAUCUUCCCCGGAGUCUGGAAAUGGAGGACUCCACACUGAACAUGGCUCCAACCAGCAGCAGCAGAGUAAACUCACCUACCAUCCUUCGCCUACACCCACUCUUGGCAAAAUCAGUGCAUACGCAUGCCAACCUGCCUCUCCGCUUUGGCCGUGGCUCUGCACAUAUGCUACGGAUGCCCAAGUCCUCUAUCAACCUACCACAAAGGUUUGGUCGCUCUGAAAACACCAAACCUACCUCUGGUAUGCAGUGUACAAUGUGCCGCCGCAGUGAGAACCCACCUUCAGCCACACUCCCACAGAGAUUUGGCAAGAGAAACCUUUUGGUUGGUGAUUCAUUUCGCGCAGGAGCUGUGUUUGUACACACCUGUAAGAUGCCAUCACUUAGGACACCAGACCAUGACUACAUGACUGAAGUGGUUGAAAAGGAAGAUAAAGCUUUAAAGAGUAAAACAUACAUUGACUUAGAAAUCUAAAGAAAUCUCUAACAAACCGACAAAUGUGUCUUCAAAA